AUAAAAAAAAAACAAUCUUAGCAGAUAACAUUCAUCCUGAGAUGACAGAGAAAUGUUCGUUACCAUCAUCAUCUUUAACAAGCCAUAAGCCACAUCCAGAGUAUAAGUUGCUACCUUAUGACAUUUUGGGAUGAUUCCAUUUUGGCUUAGUAUCCCAAAAAAUCAGACACACACCAGUAGGCAUGUUGAGCCAUGCACAUGGUUGACUCUUAGGAUCACUAAUCAGAGGCUUUUCAACAUCAAGUCCAAAAUCACAUAUGCUAGCUCAGGUAAGAAGACUUUUGCAUCAGAGGGAGCAAUAUACCUGCAGAAUCCUAAACAUAUCCCAAAUGCAAAGAUUUCGAAUCAGCACUCUGGUACACUGGAAAUCUGAAGAGAAAGAUGAAGUUCUUACUGAUUAUUGCAACCUUCCUCUCUCCACUCUUAAAUCUUUGUCAAUGUUAUAUAGAAUUUACCAGACAGAAUAGUGACUAAAACGCAGCUCCCUUGCCAUCUCAAUGGUCCCCUCAUCCAAAUUUAGAUCAUGGAUGAAUGAGAUCUAAUUUUGAACUUCCUGGGGUUUAGCAGCAGCAUGACAAGGUCAAAUUAAUAAAACACACAGAAAAAAAUGGGACAGAAAAGGGUAGAAGGUCUAAAGUGUCUGAUCUCAGCUGGCACAUUAAUAGCAAAAUGCAUAUUUUCACAAAGUGUGUACUGAUACUUCCCAGCAGGGUUUUUUUUCUCAUAGAACGCCCAGAAUGGAGUUCCAGCACCUUUUUUGGAUGGAACCUUGUAGGGUAGGCAAGGCCGGUUGUAUGUCGUGCAUGAGUUCCGGCACCUUUUUUUUUUUUUUUUUAGAAAAAAAGUAUUGCUUUUCAGAGAAAAAACACCUAAAAAACACACAACUAUUGUGCUACUGUGCGUUCCAGAUUUCUGGAUUGUUCUGAUCCCCAAAAGGUAGGUUUUGCACAUACUUACAUCCUACCAUUAUCUUGCUGAAGGGCACAGGAAGUACACAAAAAAUUGUGCUUAAGGUUAACCAAUGAAUUGACCAUUUUUCAGUUAUUUUUUUAAACAGACAGAUAGCUCAGUUAGCCUUAUGGAUGCCUAGAGAGAUACUCACAGACAGUAGAUUAGUCACCCCACUUACUGCAGAAGGGAUGUAGCCCCACCCCCGUCUUGUUUUAUAUUGUCUCAUUGCAUGCAUGUAUAGGAUCAUGGAGGUCAUCCUAAUAGCUCUAGCUGUCUUUACAAGGAGAGGUUUCUACAUGAUGCGAUAACACAAUCCUGUGAGGAAGCGUAAAACGCCUUCUUGGUAUAUGGGGCAAUGGAGAGAGUGUAGGAUUUAAAGGCUACCUCUAUUAAUACACUCAGAUCUGUUUUCCUCCUUUGACCCCGAGGGCUUAAUGCCAUCUAAAGUAAAACUUGCUAGAGACAUUAUUCCUCUUUUUGCUUUGCCAAGACUAAACCCACUUACCUCUGAAUCUUUAAAAGCCUUCCCAAUUUUCCAAUACGAACUGCAUAGUUUGACUGUUUUCUCCCAUGCAUUUUAGCAAUCUAAAACUUUACAGUGCACUGUUCUUCAAUUUUGACAAAAAAAUUAUUCCUAAGUGAAAAGUUUUUUUUUAAAAAACUACUUAUUAUGAGAUGUUUACCCAGAUGACAAAUAUCUCUGCGUUUUUAUUUUGCAUACUGCAUUGUUGUUGAUAUAUUAAUCAGUUGACUUGAUAUCCUGUCCUGUUACAGGAAAUAUUUCUUUUUUUUUUUAAAAAAAAAAAAAGGUGCCCUUUUUUCUUUUAAAGGAUGUGGGAAAUGAAAGUGGAAAAAAAUAUUUAAAAGAAUGAAAUUAAGAAAAUAAACAAAUGCUGCUGAAAAAAGAAGUUAUGUAAACAAGGAGUAGAUUUGUUUGACAUGUUUAGGAAUCUAAAAAGUUUUUUUUUUUACUGUCUCUAUAAUUGUCACCAUGACUGAAGCUCUUUUUUUAUUUAUAACCUGCUUUUCCACCAUGAGUCUAGGGCAGAAUAGGCAGCACUUCCUUCUCCAAUGAUUUCUCCAAAAGCUUCCAUGACUGGGAGUGAACUAAACCUGGGUCUCCCUGUUCUUAAUUCAACAUAUUUAACCACUAUACCAGGGGUAGUCAACCUUGGCUCUUUUAUGACUCGUGGACUUCAACUCCCAGAAUUCCUGAGCCAGCUGUGCUAUACUAUAUUAUAUUGGCUCUCUUGAUGACAGAUUAUAUUACCAACUCACAAUGUAACAUUCCUGCCCUCCUAACAAAAACAUAUACUGUAAUAUGUUCUUAGAAUUGUCCUUUCUACAAAAGAACUUGAAAGUGAACACUAUUUUUAAAUGGAUCCAGGAAAUGAUAAGCCAAAUGGCUGAAUGUUUAUCUGUUUAUCUUCUAGAUAAACUGGUGCAACAACACUAUAUUAAAUUGCCAAGCCUUGAGCUUUAAGGACAACUCUGACUGAAAAAUUAACAUAACUCUCUGCGAGGGGAAAGCUUAACAUGCUGGCUAUUUAGUGAUAUGAUAAUGUCAACAAGCAUACUUAUAGGGUGAUCUAAUUACACAUGAUUAGAACUUUCAACAGCAGAGAGUAGGAUACACACAGUGGGUUCCCUUAAGGAUUUGUGUUUUGCAACUCUUCAUCAAUGUUCUGAAGUUAGAAAUGAACAUUGAGAUGGCUACUCUUCAUAAUGUGGCACCAAACUGUUUUAAGGGUUAAAACAGAAAUAACAAAGAACAUUUAUUGUGGGCUUUCCAAAGGCAUCUGAUUGAACUCUGUAGGAACAACAAUCUGGACUAUGUAAAUCUGUUUUGGUCUAACAAGCUUAUUUUAAAUCAACAUUCCAAAAUAAGAUGGGCUGGAGAAAAUACAUGCCCCUGUUGAUAGGAUAGGCCCUGUCUGCAGAGUGCCUUUUUCCGGAGCCAAUUUUAGUGGAAUAGCUGAACCCAAAGGGUGGGAUGCUGGAAGGGUGCUGCCUUUUUUUUUUAGAUACCCCUUCCUGUCUCUACCUUCUGCUUUGGGCAAAUGCUUCAGUAGCUCCUGAUGCCACCACUAUCUUCCAAAGUGUGCCAAUGUAUUUGUGUGUCUGUGUCUUUGUGAGAGGGGACUUUUACAACCCUAUGCUUUUGGGUUGUGGUGAAAAGAUUAAAAAUGGAAAUAAAUAAAUACAUGAAAAUAAAUAAAAGGACACCAUUUUUGGCCACAUAGCAUGAAGGCAUUGUUGAGAGGAAUUCCCCCAUUCAGGCUCUUCCAGCCAGGAUUCUCACAGGUGGCGCAGAGGAGAACAAAUAGGACGUGAAGCCAGCUACUGGAAAGAGAGGUUUAAUCACAGAGAUUAAAGCUGAGUGAUAAUUCAGCAUGAAUCCCCAGCUAGCUAGACAGAAUGGUCCUCAAAGGUAUCGUUGCCAAGAUUUAUGCCAAGAGAUUCUAUUAUACUCACCUGUGUCUUCCAGUAGCCAUGGAUUUCCUUCAGUGGACAGCUACUGUUGUUGGCUACUUUUCUGUGGUAAUCUUCCAUCUCAAAACUGAGGUCAAAUGCUUCAUCCCAGUUUUCCAGUUUUCCAGUCUAGCCUAUAAUUCUGGUAUCCCAAGAAAUGUAAUUGAAGAAGUAGCCAAGCCUGACAAGUUCCUAAGUACACACAAGGGACUUUUACCACUAUGAAAUGGUAAUGAGAGCCAACUGUUUUUGAGUCAAGAGAACACUGUGCCAGCAUGAAAUUGGCUGCUUUCAUUGCCAGUCCUAUUUUGCCUCUAUUGUGUCUGUUUCAAGUCCCUGUUGGACAGCAUUGAUCUCAUUAUGGGUGUGCAAUGUGUGAUAGGCAAAGCUCAUUUUUGUGCCCAUUCUUUUGCUGCCCUUUAUCAUCAGCUGGUGAGGAAAGCAUUCACCAAUCAUGACUCUACAGCAGGAAUGGGAUAAAUUCUAUUCUAUUCUAUUCUAUUCUAUUCUAUUCUAUUCUAUUCUAUUCUAUUCUAUUCUAUUCUAUUCUAUUCUAUUCUAUUCUAGCUUCCCCAUUGACUUUGCUUGUCAAAAUAUC